CUAUUGGGUUCCCCGAUUUGGGAUGCUACAUUCCCCUUUUUUCUCCCGUUCUGCUGAUUCUUUUUCUUCCGCUCCAGCAGGGCGCGCCACCUGUUCGACCGAAUGCACAAGAAGACAGCGGCGAGCAGCAAGGGUCACUUCGGCGACCUCACCGACGACCUCCUCCGGCACGUCUUAUCCUUUCUGCCUGUUGCUGAUGCCCUGCAGACCUGCGUACUCGACACCCGGUGGCGUGACCAUUGGAGGCGCGCCACCAGCCUGCUCCUCAUCUUUGACCAGUCGAGUUUUCCGAGCUCCGAACGUUUCAAACAGCUGGCGAAGCUCUUCAUCCACCUCCGCGGGAACUCACCUCUCGACAAGUGCAAGAUUGUUGGCUGUCUCGAUGACGAGGAGGAGCGCACAUACACAAACACCAUGCUGUUGAUCGAGUACGCUCUAAAGUGCCAAGUUAAGGAGCUCCUACUCACUGUUGCUGUUGACGAAGACUUUGAGUUUGAGCCACUAAUACUUGAUGUGCCUCUCAUCUCUCAGCACUUGAAGAUCCUACACCUUGAGCGGUUUGAAUUAAAACGCUCCACUCUGAAUUUCUCGCGCUGUUCGGUACUAGAGGAUCUAAAGAUGCAACAUUGCAACAUUGAUGCACGCAGGAUAUCUUCCAAAUCACUAAAGCGUCUCUGCUUUACCAGAUUUUGUUUCUUCCCUGAGGAGUUCCACAUUCGGAUAUUUGUCCCGGGCCUUAUCUCACUGCAACUUGAUGAUCAUAAUGGCUUGACCCCUUCUCCUGAAUACAUGCCAUCUCUAGAAACAGCUUAUGUUUGCCUUCACAAUAAUUUCUAUCAUUCUUGUCGUGGUAACCGGCAGGACUGUGAGUAUGAUGACUGCAGCUGUCAUGCUUAUCCCGUUGAUCAGGGUGUGCUUCUCCAUGGUUUGUCCAAUGCUGUGAAUUUGGAGUUAAUAGGCGAUACUUACACUGAACUGCUUAUCUAUAGAUGGGAUUUAGAAUGCUGCCCCAUAUUUGACAAACUAAAGACUCUAUCACUCAGUGAGUGGUUUACGACUAUUGACCCACUGUGCAUUCUCCAACACUCUCCAGUUCUUGAGGUGCUCACUCUAAAGCUUGAUAGCACUAAGAAAUUGGUUAGAGCAACUGAAGCAGAAGAAAAGGUAGAACAAUCAUUUGUAUGCUCGCACCUUAAGGUUGUCAACAUUGAAUGUAGAAAGGUCGAUGAGAGAGUUCACAAAAUUCUGAAGUUCUUGAGUCAAUGUGGCAUACUUCGUGAUCAAAUUAGCAUCACGGAGCAAUGAUUACUCAUACGUUUCAGUUUCCAGUAGCCUACGCGUCCCUUGCCUCGGUCUACCGCGGAACCAGGCGGACUCUCCAGUUUCCACCCUUGACAGCACUUGAGAUGCGAUACAUGCUCGCUAGUGACGGCGGUCUGAAGCCUUAUGUGUCUCUCUGAAUAUGUCUGUAACGACGGUCCUGUUAGGUGUUAUCACCAUAUUUAGUCUCCAGCUUUCUAUCCUUUGGUACUGUGCUGGAAACCUGCGUGUUUAUUGUUUGGUGAAACUCAUGAAAAUGGAUUUUAGCUGCUGGGCAUUCUUUUGGAUGAGUAGUUGGACCUGAGCUUGGUUUAAAACCAGGGGCAACACCUUUUGUUGCAUCUUUCUCUUUACCCUGU